AUGGAUCCUAAAAAACAAAUUUCAGAUCAAUCGGAUCCAUCAUCAGAACGACCAAUUAUACCAGUGAAUAAAGUUCAAAAUUCAAAUAUUGAAUAUUCAAUUACUGUAAAAACAGGUGAUUUUCGAAAUUCUGGUACAAAUGGACCUGUUUAUAUUAAUAUAUUUGGUCGAGAUAAUAAACAAACACAAGAUUUAUUAUUAUCAGGACACGAUAAAUCAUUUUCACAAGGUUGUACAAGAAAAUUUCGAAUUAAUGCUAUUGAUAUUGGUAAACCACAACGUAUUAUUAUUCGACAUGAAGAUAAUUUAACUGGAUGGUAUAUCGAUUAUAUAGAAAUAUCUGUUCAUAAUUUUUUAGUUAGAUUUGUAGCUAAUCGAUGGUUAAGUCGAUUGAAAAAUGAUCAAAAAUUAGAAGCUGAACUUUUUGGUUCUGAACAACCAGCUGUUAUGUAUAAUGUAGAAAUUCAAACCGGUGAUGAACAAAUUGAACCAUUAGAUUCACCAGUAUAUAUGCAAGUAUAUGGAACAACAACAGCAACACCUAAACUUUUUUUCGACACAAAAAAUGCUUCAUUUACAAAAGAUUCAAUAUCAAAAUUUACUAUCGCAAGCAAUAAUGUCGGAGAAAUUCAACGAAUUGUAAUUGGUCAUGAAGGAUUAGGUAAAGUUAAUGAUUGGUAUUUAAAAAAUAUUAAAGUUCAAAUGCUUUCACAACAACAAGAAUAUGUUAUCAAUAAAUGGCUAAGUCCAACACUAGGUGAUCAACGAUUAUUUGUUGAAUUAAGCCAAGAAAAACCUCGAUCACCAUCACCACCUGCUCCUUCGAUAUAUCUAAUAACGAUUCGAACAGCUGAUGUACCGCAAACGGAAACGACUGACAAUGUUGAAAUGAUUGUACGUGGAUCUGAUGGACAAAUUGCUAAGAUAUUAUUAAAAGAUUAUGCAAAACUAAAUGAUAAACAACUUUUUCAACAAGGAAAUUUAGAUGAAUUUGAAAUAGAAUAUGAAGAUAUUGGAAAUAUUGAAAGUAUAACAAUUGGUUUUAGUGAUAGUAAACAAAAAGUAGCUUGGCUAUUAGAAGAUGUCGAUAUAAAAUACCAAGAAACUGUCUAUCGUUUUCAAGCUCAAUGUUGGCUAUCAAGUCGUUUAGGACCUAAUUUUAGUUGGAUGACAAUCAAACCUGAUAUAAACGAUGAUGGUAAUAUAUUUACGUUUAUAAAACAUUUCUAUUGA